AUGGCAUCUUCUGUAAAGCCUGUGACAAAUGCUGCAGCGGCUUCACCUACACUUGUUCCCAAUGUAACACAAAACCACUGUGAAUUCCACAAAUUCACCGUCCUUAAGAAACACAUUAAAUCCUUUUGCAAUGCAUGUGGCCAAUCUGGCAAAAUCUUCUACCUCUGUAGCAUCUGCGAUCUUGUGGUCCAUAAGGAAUGCACUUGGUUACCUCGCCAGGUCAAAAUACCACUGCACCAAUACCGCCUCGAGCUCACUUGGAGCUUUGAGGACAUUUACCCAAAAAACCAACAUUUCUGUGAUCUUCGCUUUAAAAACUUGGACGGCAUAAAGUUCACUGAGGAAGGCUUCUACCUUGACCUUCACUGCAGUAUUCUUUGGGAGUAUAAGUCUCUUAAACAUGAGGCACAUUCUCAUGACAUCCACUUCAAUAUAAAACAGGGUGGAACGUGUAUGGGUUGUGGUACUUCUGCACAUUGCUUGGUUCAGUUGUACAUAUACGAUGAUCACCGACUGAAGCUCACCUAUGGUAAUGUUAAAGACAAGCUUGAUGAACAUUACUGUGAAAAAUUCCAAGGACCACGAAAUCCCAAAGAUUGGUUCUACUCCUGCUCAGAUUGUGACUUUGAUUGUCAUCCUCACUGCGUGCUAAACUGGCAUUCGCAAGUUAAGUUAGGGGAAGCAUAUAAGCAUGACACUCACCCACACCCUGUUACUCUUGUUGAGAAGAGAAAGAGUUUCAUUCCUUUUGAUAAGAGAGAGCACAUUCUUCCUUUUCAAGCAUGUGGUGAACCAUGUGAAGGAUUGGUCUGGGAAUGUUCUGAGUGCAAUGUCAAUAUGCCCCGAAACGGUUACUGUAAAUCCACUCAAGAAGACAAAAGUGACAGUGUAAUCAUCUCAACUGAUGUAACAACAUCAAAAGAUUCUUCAACAGAUUCUUCAGCAGCAAAAGAUUCUUCAACAUAA